UCAGUAAUACGUGUCCGUUACUCAACAACAUGAAUAUUCAAGCACGACAUGCUAGCCAAAGAGAAGAGACCCUUCGUCCAAUGGAAGAUCAGUGUCUUGCAUGUCAGAGUGAGUUUGAUGGCCCAGUUCCAGGCAGCAAGCAACAUUUAGAAAGUUUAAACAAACAACCAAACACUGGCUUACAGACUGCGGCUAAUUCUGUGGAAGAAACCAAAACAUCAAUUGGCUCAAGUCAAAGUGAAGAGAUACUGUUAAAAAAAGGUGACAACCUGCCUCUGUUAGUUCAUAAAUAUGUAAGAGAAGACAGUUUUCAAGGAACUCUCAAAGAAAAUGCAGUGCAUCUGGACUCUUUACAUGGUGUGAGAAAUGAAGACUGUUCAGGGUACGUGGGCUUCAUCCGUGAUCUAAUUGAGGAGAAUACAAUCGAACUAAGAGAACAUGAGAACAGAUGUGAAAGAGAAGAUAAAGGAACUCUUGAAGAAAGCUUUUCUGAUAGCAAAUCACAUUGCUCACAGCAUGCUUGCUUUAUCAAAUGUGCAAAAGAGAAAGCAGAGCUAGUGUUUGUAGGGAACAAAAUGCAGCAAUCUUCGCCAAAGAUGAAGUGGUUGGUGGAGGACCAGGAAAAUACAGUUAGUGCCCAAUUUUUACCCUUCUCAUCAAUUCAUGGGAGCCUGUCAUAUAAGCCAGAAAAUAUGAAUGUGCUUUCAGAGACAGAAAACAAAAAACCUCUGAGAAUAAAAUCUACCUUAAAUAACUCUUGCCUGCGGUUAACGUUUGAGCCUGGUAAAGAAACUGAUGCUCAAAAGGGUAUUGGUCCAUCCAAUUUUGGAAAGUUUGACAUCCAAGAAUCUUUUAAUGAGAUUCAGGCGGAUUCAGAAACACCAUCAGCUCUGAAUUUGGGAAUCUCUCUGCCUGAGAAAGAAAAGCUGUGUAUGUCAUCUGAGAAUACACAAAUAGACAGUCGUGGUUUGUCUUCAGUCAAAGUUUUUAACAAAGAUUCUUCAGUGACAAAACCUCUUUCUGUAACAAUGUCUGUUAAGAGAAAAGCCAGCAGUACUGAGAAUCCAUCUUCAGAGAAUGAAACUGCAUCUGACUUUCUGAAUGGUGAAAAAGGCUCAAGAGUUUGUGCACACAGCAAAGAAAGUCUGAGAGAUGAGGGGCAUGGCAUGCUAACCGUAAAAGACGUGGAUAUGACUUUGCCAAAAAGUACUUACUGUGGAGAGAAGUUUAAGAACACAUGUGUAGAAGAGAAGAUGGGAAGAGAAGUAGCCCCUAGAAAAAAGUUGCCCAUAGAUUCUUUUGUUGAUGGAGAAGAUUGUCUAUGGGCCUUGUUAGAAUAUUCAAGAGAUUCUGGUAGUAAAGUAAUCCCUCUCAGUACUGAGAAUUAUGGAAAGGUUUUGGAAGAAAUCCCAAGUUCUAACCUAAAUAAUCUUUCAGAAGAAAGAAAAAAUGCUACAAAGCUCACAAACUUAGCAGGUACCAGUCUACUUCCAGAAACUGUGCGUGACAGUCAAGCUGAAGAUGCGUCUGAUGCAGAAACUUCACCAGAAUUGCAAUAUAAUACAACACCCACAUUUUAUCCAUGUAUGAGUAUACUAUCAAACAGUUGCAGAGAAUCAUCCUCAAACUGUGUGGUUUGCAGUGAAAUAUGUGUGCCUUACAAAUUAAAUGCACAGAGCAAAGAUAAUGUAAAGGAGAUUGCAGAUGGACAGGACACUAUACCAACUCAUUCAGUUUGCAGGGAAAAUGAGGCUUUAGGUUCAGAGAGACUUGAUCAAAUAGAGAAAUGUCAAGUACUUAAACGCAAGAAGAAGUAUCAGAAGAUGGAAAUACAUCUGCCAAAUAAGGCAGAACAAGGACAGAAGCCAGAAUAUCAAGAGAAAGCAAAAAUCACACUGCAACCAAGUAUGUUGCACAGUUCUGAAAUCUUAUGCAGCUCUUCAAAUGAGUUGGUGACAUCAAGAAAUGCAGAGUUUGAAGGUCCUUCAGAGGAGAUUUUUGCUGUCAGAAGCAGUGAAAAUAAACUAUGUAGCACUUUACAAGAAGUCAAAAGGCCAAAGAUUACCACAGAUAUUAUUAGUUCACAGUUUUUGAAGACUCAGGAUUCAGAAAUGGAAAACCUGAACCUUAAUUUAGGGUAUGAUGAAAUCCCUGGUGCCUUUGGAACUGCAAAUAAACUAAGAGGACCUCUUCCAUUAAAAAGACAGCCUGGAAGGACAUGCAAAAAAGUUCCCACAUCAUAUCAGCUGAAACCUGUAAGAAAAAGCAAAAAAAUUAAAAGUUCACCUUUUUUUGAGAUUCCCCCAGAAAUAUUCCCUAAGCAGGAAAACACACUUCUCAAAUCUUUGUACUUUCCACCGACAAUGGAAACGGAAACAGCCAUGAGAUUUGUGCACAUGCCAAGGCAGAGGGCCAAGAGGUGCAGUUUGUUGAACAGCUUGAAAUUUAGAAAAUGUACCAAAGAACUAGCGUUGUUGAGCAAGCUGUCUGCAAUAGCUAGCCAACUCCUGGCACCGGCCGAAAGCAUCCGUAACUUAGAACCUCUGCCAUGUUCUUCUGAAAUUCUUCCAGUGGCUGAGAGGUACAGCCAACGUAGAUCUAAAAAUCUAUUGGAAGUCUUUUCUUGCAUUAACAGGAACUUACACUCACGCUGGGCUGACAGUUGGUGCACCAAGAUGUUCAGCUUUCAGCCUUUGGCACUUUAUCCUGUAGAAUCUACCAAAAUACUUUUUUCAGACUUGAGCCACAAGCCUCCAACCUCUUUCUUGGAUACCCCAGUUUUCCCAAUUUGUUUUCACAUAAAAUUGGACUCCAGUCAUGUGACAGACCUCACAGGGAUUACAUUCCAGCACUCUGUACAUCACAGACCGGUUUGGGGAGAGAUGUCAGCGCCGCCUUCACAGUGGACUUUCUCUUUUCUCCUGUCUCAGAGCUGUUCAGAUACAACAGCUCUCACAGAAAAUUCCAGUCUAGAUAAUGAGCUGCAUUCCUCUCGCUCUGUAACAACCCCAGAGGCUGUUGCCCUUCAUCCUGACCAUGGAAGAAAUGCCGUAGCUGAAAGAAGAGGAGGUUGCUCCAUGCUUGGACUUCACACAGUGUUAGCACUUUCUUCCCCUGGAUGUUACAGGAUUUGGACAAGAAGAAGAAACUUAACCAGUCAUAUUCCUACCAUCCAGAGACUAUUUAUAUCACAAUUCGCGCAGGGUUUGAAAGGGGCAAGGUAUCCAACUUCUGUAUCAGAUGACCUCGUCUCUUCAUUGCCAUACUCAUUGGGCAGGGUACUAUCCAUAUGGAGUCAGCAUGGUCCUUCUGCCCGUCCCUCCGAAAUCACUCCUCUCCAUUCCAGUCACUGCAAGUGGCAGCCAAGUGUGGGCAUCGAGAACAGCUAUGCCAUGUUACCACACUUACCUGUACAGAGUAUGGAAGCACUACAGACUGCAUGUCAUGAGAUACGUCUGGAAGCUUCGUUCCCUCUUCCGUUACCAAAGUCUUGCUCACUUCCAGAAUCAUCGCCAUCUCCCCCCAGGCUUUUAGCAUCGGAGCCUCAGGUCCAUGCCCUUGAUGAAGCUGAUGCUUCUGUUCCAGCCUGUCUUAGAUCCCAAGAUGACACAGAACUGAAAAAAACUGAGCCAGAAGAGAGGCCAAAGAAAGUCUCUCAGAUCCGAAUCAGGAAAACAGUUCCUAAGCCGGACCCUAACCUUACUCCAAUGGGACUACCCAAACCAAAAAGGCUUAAGAAGAAAGAAUUUAGUUUAGAAGAAAUUUACACAAACAAGAACUAUAAGUCCCCUCCUCCAGCCAGGAGCUUGGAAACAAUCUUUGAAGAGCCCAAGGAGAAAAAUGGACGCUUGAUCUCUGUCAGCCAGCAGAAGAGAAAGCGGAUUCUGGAGUUUCAGGACUUUACUCUUCCCCGGAAAAGGAAGACACGAAGCAAAAUCAAAGCAGUGGGUAGUUUCACCCGAGCAAAAAAAGCUGCGCUAGAGAGCGCAGAGUUAGAUGCUCUUCUGACUCAGAAGCUAAUGGACCUUGAAGCCUUUUUUGCAAAGGAGGCCGAGCAGGAGCAGGCCUCUAGCAUCUGAGGGAGCCAUUUAGCUGAAAAUGGUCCAAUCAGCUCCUUUAGUAUUUUAGUCCUGUUGCGAGAAAUCUACUGACUUCUUCAUACAUUACUCUACCACUCUGUUCUAAUAUCUGAUGAUCAGUUUUUGGCUGUGGCCCUCUUUAAGGUGCUAUUUUAUUUUACUUUAAAAUGCUGGAGGGAUUCUUUUAGGUCCCUGUUUUGAGUGUAACACAGCCACAUACAAUUUACCAUUCCUUCCCCAACCUCUGGAAAUUAUUGCUAAUGUUUAAUUAUGUUUAAACACCUUUUGGGGGUAGAGUAGGAGUGUGAAAGAGGAAGUAGUGCACCUUCAGUGAUGCUAGAAAUCUGUACUCCAGAUCAUUUGCACAUUUGAGUCUGCUGUUGUUACUGUAAUGGCUAUUUUGAACAACCUGACAGAAGAGAGAUGGUGUUUGAUAAAGAUGAAUUCUAGCAAACACAUUCUUGAUAUACCACUAACUUUUUAAUAAUUAAAAGUAGCUGUCUGGGUUUGCUUUCAAUUGUUUCUUCCUUCUGUUUACUUAGAAGGUUCUUUCCAAGUUUCUGUGCCCUUCCUGGCUUCAGGCAGCAGAAGCCCCACAUAACUAGACUUUAAAUAACUUGCACUUUGUAUAUGUUUCUUUAUUUGCUGCAUGAGGACACCUUUUAACAUGAUUGAGCUCAAAAAAAGGUAAUAUUUUAAGAAAAAAUUAUGCCCAGUACUAAUUUUUCCCAAAUAGUAGAGUUUUUAACUACUUGGCUGAUGCCAGCCUCUUCUCCAGAGGAAAAGGUAAUUAGCCCACGAGGAUGUUAAGCUGCAGGAUAUGUAACUAGAGGUUUUUAGUUAGCUGAGCUGAGCUGCUGUAUGCAGGGAACACCAGCAAAAUCUUUAAGACUCAUUUUUAAGUUAUUUUAAUGACAGUAAAAAAAAUCAACUUAAUUGUAAUGCCAACAAGAAAAUAGGGUUUUUUUCCAUCUUGAAGGGGUUUUUUUACCAUUUUAGAUUUACAAUUCAUGUAGCUCAUAAUUAGAUAGUCUUUGCACAGCACUGUUGUACAUAAUAGCUAGUGCUGUACAAAGAGACUCCUAGCAUGGGGAAAUUACUUUUUUUUUCAUUAUGUAAGGCCAUUUGUAAUUAUCUGAUGCAGCACUGGGCAAUUUCUCAGCUAUACCUUUUGAGGGAAGAGAGCUCCCUUCUGGGAUAACUUCUGUUAAACUUACUUGAAGCAUAAUUCAAAAUGAAUGCUAGCUGCUGUUCAGGUAAUUUCUGAUGUUUAGUGCCUAUAGAAGUUAUUCAGGCAAAGUAGUCAUUGCUGGGAUGCUCAAAUUUAAUUAGUCUGUUCUUUCUUUCACUUGUCACUUGAAACUUGCACUUUCUUAUUUACCUACCCAUAUAAUAGAGUUUCUAUUUACCUUCAAAAUGAGUAAAUACCUAGUGGGUGGGUAUUUUUAAUAAAGGUCCCAAUAAAUGCAGGACUGAAAAUACCACCAUUAUCUUCUGUUGCUAUGCCACUUCUGUUACUGACCGAACAGAAAACUAAAAAUUAACAAGCAAUCUGUUGAAUUCCAGAGCUUUGAAAGUAGAGAGAUGGAAGAGGAUUAUUACACUGUGUGUGUCUUGAAAGAAAUGUAAUCUGGGCUUGUUUUGAUCCCAGCUUAUGUGCCAGGAUUCCUAGAAGUUUACUUUGGAAACUAAUUAUGUUUAAUCAGGAAGACUGAAGAAAAGAGGAGUGCACACAGUGGGUUUUGGGGUUUGAGGGUAAAAUAACAAGGCAGGCAAACUUUGAAGAUAUUGACAUACUAUUUCAGCAGCAAGGUCUGGUUAACCUAUUUGGGCUGCUGUAGAACAUUUUAAUUGAUCCUCUUUAUUUUUAUAAAAAGAUCCCUAAAAAAUAAAGCUUGACUGCCUUUUAAAAAAUGUUUGAAACUUUCCCUAUACUGGUUUAUUAGCCCAAUUAUUGACUGGUUGGAAGCUGUAGCAAGAAUGAGAUAUAUAUUUUUAUGGGUUUAUGCUAUAGAAUGGGAUUGUUACACAGCAUUCAUUCACCUUCUAUUAAUAUGGGAGGCUUCUGGUGCUGUGACGCAGUUGAGCUGUAAUCUUACUGGGGCUUUUAAGGAAACAAGGAUAUGGGUGGGGAGGGAGGAAAUUUGGGUCCAGGCAAAGUUCAGACCUCUAAUGUGCUUCAAGACAUGGAAUGUGUUGGGUUUUUCCUUUGGGUUGUGUGGUUUUUGGGGUUGUUUUUUGUUUUUGUUUGGGGUUUUUUUCCAUCUGCUUCCCUGCUCUGCCCUGUUUCUAAUUGCUUUGACGUAAUGUUUCUUAGCUUUCUUUUUAACAGCUACAGCAGAGAGAGCAGAGCAAAGAAGACACUCCAUUCUUUUUUGUUUACAAUAAUUUGAGAAAUUACAAAAUGAUGUUGCAGUUGCCUAGCUUAUCCCAGACCUCAGUUUGUGCAAACCCAAAUAUACACCAUUAUACUGUUUUGGUUUAGUGUUUGUAUGAUGAUAGAGAUGUAAGCUAAUUGAGACAAAGCAUCUCUUCCCCACCUCCAGCAUACAGAUGUCAGUCGUACUUGUGCACUUUUUCUUGUUUCCUUUCCCACCUCUGUUCCUGUUUACAGCACUCAUGGAACAGCCUUGUUCCUUGUGGCAGCUGCUUGUUCACUGGGAGUGAUGACUGUGCAAAAGCUAGGCAUUUGCCACUCUGAGCUCCUUCUGUCCCAGAUAAUUGAAAGAAAAAAGUAUAGAGGAUGCAUCUUUUGGGGUCUUGCAUACUUCCCUAGUUGGAAGUUAUGUACACUUGCCUUUUCAUAAAGUGAACCCACUCCAGUGAGGAUUUUUUUUUAUCAUCAUGGAAAGACUGUACAUACUGCUCACAGAAUGGUGACUAGAGCAGCUCGAGAAGAAUUGCAAAGCUUUUGCCAUGUACUGUCUCUUAGUAGUAAGUUUUGCAGAGCCAGGCAGCUCUUCGCUAAAUUUGCUGAUUAUGGGAGGUAGAAAGAUCACUUUCCAAAAACAAACAAACAAAAUAUCUUAUUUUCAUCAUACUACAGUUGGAGCAGCUAAAGUUACUUAAUAUAUGUUAUAGCAUUUGCCUGGCUGGCCUUGUGGCUGCAUAGAUUUGAGUUCUGAUGCUUGCUGGAUAUGAUUUUCUGCAAGCAGUUCUCAUUUAUUGUAUUUGAUUUGAGGUGGGCCUUUGGUAUAUUGUGUUCCAGGUGCUCUUCUAGAAUAUGGAUGGUAACUGUGGAUUAAAAGUCUGUAUGAUGCUAUCAACUUAACAAAUAGCUCAGUGAGAAUUUGUACAUUUGUGCCAUUAGCCUCCGUCAUGCUCUUGGCAUUUUGUUUCUGUUCAAUAUUGUGUGACUCUAAAAUUUUACUGUUUCUUUUGUG